GUCUAGGUUUGUCGCGAAGAGAGAGAUCACUCCUCCCGCUGAAGAACGAACGAAGAACCUGCGUUAUUCGCCUCUGUCGUGAUCUACAGGGAUGGCUGGAAAUGCAGCAAAAACAGUAGCAAAAGCGGUUGUCGAGUACCAAUAUCCAUGGCGCGAGAAGCUGGCGAAAUACAAAGAUGAGCUGGCUAAAGGCGUGUGGGGAUAUUGGGAACUUGGGGCAUGGAAGCCUCUGAGUAUCAGUGCCCGAAGAAGAGCCCAGCUUCGCAAAGAAGUGCUGUUAGCAGGAGAAAACUGGCCAUAUGAUCCGGAGAGAAAGGAGAUGAAGACUAGGAGGAAAGGGCACAAAUGUGACAGGAUAUCGGCUGAGAAGAGGGCUCAUACAGCUGAAUUGAUGGAGAAAAUGCCUCAAAUGCUCGCAGAUUACAAGAAGAGAAGGUGGGAGAAGAAGAUGAAGGAGGAAGAUGCCAAGGAAAAGCUUUAGUGAAAACAUGAUUCAUGUAUUUCUUCCUUUGAUUAUACUUUUGACUUCAUUUUCUAAUGGGUUUUUCCAUGUACUUUCACCAUCUAUAAAUAUGGCAAUGCUAUAUAUAUUGAUGUUAUGCAAAAUAAUAUAAUUUCUUUUUAAGCUUUUCAAAGAAUAUUGUUUGUUUAAGCUAUUUGGUUGAUUUCAUUGAACAGUGGGUGUUACUUCCCCUAAAUCUCUUCA